AUGGCGCCAAAGACGCCGCCAUUUUCACAGCUCGACAAAAUGGCGACAAGGACAUCCACAUCCAAAUCCACAUCCACAUCCAGUUGGCUCUGCCGCCUGCUGCUAUUCGGCUUUUGCAUUGGCGCCGCCGCCGCCCGAGACAUUCGAUCGCCGAUGGACCAGACAGACGUGGCCUUCUACUGCCCUGGAGAGGGUCUGUUUGCGGACGACUACGAUUGCCGGAUUUAUUACCGCUGUGAGCGGCGUUCGGGGCAAUACAUCCAACCCUACCUCCUGGCCUGUCCAGAGGACGCUGUCUUCUCCCGCACCCUGCGCAUGUGUCUGCCACCAGCAAUGGCUGGGCGGGAUGAGUGCGUUGACCAGGUGAACGAGGUGAACGAGGUGGACGGCGACGGCAUGGAGAAGUGGGAGCAGGACGACUACGGACAGGAUGACCAUAAUGCGAUGCUUAACCUGGCCGUCACACCUGCGGCCAAUGAGCUGCGAACAUAUGCGUCGACCCACCGUCUGCCCACAAAUUACGGUCUGGCCGGUCUCAACGGUGUCUCUGUCAUAUCCUUCUCCAGCUCCACAUCCCUGCGCGCCGUUGGAUCAGCGGAGGAGGAUGGCAUAAUAUGCCGGGAUGAUGGCUUCAUGACCGAUCCCAGCGACUGCACCGUGUUUUAUCGCUGCAUCUCGAACGGCCGAGGCUAUAACAAAAUCGGCUUCCGGUGCUCAGAUGGCACGGCGUGGGACGAGUCCCUUCAGUCCUGUAACCAUAUGUUUGACGUACGUGCCAACGGAGGAUGCCGCAAUCAAGCUGCUCCACAGAACGAUGGUUAUUAUGCCGGCCAAACGUCAACACAGUCGUCGCAGACGAGUUUCCAGAACUCUACCGCAAGCAGUCAGCAGAGCUCGUCCACCAGUUCAUCGAACUCCUCUCAAAGCUCCAGUUCAACAUCCAGUUCGACAUCCAAUUCCAGCUCAAGCCAAGAGUCCUCUACGUCCAGCAGCAGUCAUCAGUCCAGCUCCACGUCCAGCAACAAUCAGGAAUCCAGUGCGGAGUCCAGCAAUAGCCAGGAGUCUAGUUCGGGAUCUAGCAACAAUCAGGAAUCUAGCUCAACAUCCAGCAGCAAUCAAGGCUCAAGCUCUCAAAACGCUGGCAGCAAUCAAAAUCAAAGCACCGGCAGCAGUCAAAGUUCCGGAAGUAGCCAAUCCUCAAACAGUAACCAGAGCUCCAGCAACAAUCAGAACCAAAGCUCUCAAAAUUCUGGCAACAACCAAAGCUCCGGCAGCAGCCAAAAUUCGGGCAGCAACCAAAACUCGGGCGGCAACCAAAACUCGGGCAGCAACCAAAACUCUGGCAACAACGAAUCCUCUAGCAACAAUCAAAACUCCAGCAACAAUCAGAGCUCUGGAAGCAACCAGUCCUCCAGUAACAAUCAGAGCUCCAACAGCAAUCAAUCUUCCGGCGCAAACAGCAAUCAGAGUUCUUCAAGCAGCCAAAACAACAGUGGAUCCAAUAAGCCCGUACCCACCGAGUGCGAGGAUGAAAACACUUAUAUUCCUGAUAAAAAAGACUGUGCUAAAUUCUACAGAUGCCGCCAAGAUAAAGACGGAAAAUUAGAGCAAGUGCCGUUCACCUGUGGUCCCGGUACCGUUUGGAACCAAGUGGAUAAGGUCUGCGAUCUACCCACCGAGGAUCAAAAGAAGAAAUGCAACAUUCAACCGGGCUCGUCAAGUGGUAGUAACAACUCUGGACAGCAAUCUAGUGGAAGCUCCGCCAACAACCAGGGCUCUUCCAACAGUCAAUCCUCAGGCAACCAGAGCUCAUCUAACAAUCAAGGCUCGUCAAACAAUCAAGGUUCUUCUAGCAAUCAAUCUUCCAGCAACCAGAGCUCAUCCAGCAAUCAAGGAACGUCUAGCAAUCAAGGCUCGUCAAGCAAUCAAGGGUCUUCCAACAAUCAAGCCUCAAGCAACCAGAGCUCAUCUAACAAUCAAGGCUCGUCAAGCAAUCAAGGCUCUUCUAGCAAUCAAUCUUCCAGCAAUCAAGGAACGUCAAGCAAUCAAGGCUCGUCCAGCAACCAAUCAUCCAAUCAAGAAAGCAGUCAAGGAUCAUCGAACAAUCAGUCCUCCAAUCAAGGCUCAUCUUCAUCGUCCACAUCCAGCAAUCAGAGCUCCUCAAGCACAAACAAUAAUUCUACGAGCACUCAAGUAAAGCCAUCCAAUCCCGAUGGAGAUUGCCAAGAUACGGAAACAUAUUUGCCUGAUAAGAAAGACUGUGCCCGAUUCUAUCGCUGCGUAGAGAAUGGCAGCGGUGGCUUCAAUAAAGUUCCUUUCGAUUGCUCCCCUGGAACGGUCUGGGAUCCUGAUACGAAGGGAUGCAACCAUCCAACGGAUGUGCAAAAGGAGCAAUGCAAGGUUAUGGCCAAUGGUAGCGGAUCAUCAUCAAACCAAGGAUCAUCUUCCAACCAGGGAUCGUCAUCUAACCAAGGAUCAUCCUCAAGCCAGGGGUCUUCCUCCAACCAGGGAACAUCAUCCAAUCAGGGUUCCUCUUCUAAUCAGGGAUCAUCUUCUAAUCAGGGAUCAUCUUCGAACCAAGGAUCCUCCUCCAACCAAGGAUCCUCCUCCAACCAAGGAUCGUCUUCCAACCAAGGAUCCUCCUCCAACCAAGGAUCGUCUUCCAACCAAGGAUCCUCCUCCAACCAAGGAUCAUCUUCCAAUCAGGGAUCCUCUUCUAACCAGGGAUCAUCUUCGAACCAGGGAUCAUCUUCGAACCAGGGAUCAUCUUCGAACCAAGGAUCAUCCUCUAAUCAAAGUUCCUCAUCUAACCAGGGAUCAUCAUCAAACCAGGGAUCUUCCUCUAACCAGGGAUCUUCCUCUAACCAGGGAUCUUCCUCCAACCAGGGAUCAUCUUCAAAUCAGGGAUCAUCCUCAAAUCAAGGAUCAUCCUCAAAUCAAUCUUCUUCGUCCAACCAGUCAUCCUCGAAUCAAUCCUCCUCCAAUCAAUCGUCGUCGUCUAACCAGACAUCAUCAUCUACUACUGAAGGAGCUUCAUCAUCCACUACACAAAAACCCUUUAAGCCGGCAGAGAAAUGUGAAAGUGAGGAAACUUUCCUGGCUGACAACGAGAACUGCUCCAAGUUUUAUCGUUGCGUGGAUAAUGGUAAGGGCGGUUUUACAAAAGUAUCAUUCACCUGCCCACCAAACACUCUGUGGGAUCCUGAGGCCAACAGCUGCAACCAUCCUGAUCAGAUCCAGACCAAGCCGCUUAAAUGCAAGAAGGUGGUGAAUCAAGGUGGAAGUUCGUCUAACAGCACCAGCUCCUCGACUAGCUCCUCCUCCAAUACAGGUUCAUCCUCAAACAGUGGCGCUUCUUCCAACGGUGGCUCAUCGAAUCAAGGCUCCUCCUCCAAUACAGGUUCAUCCUCAAACAGUGGCGCUUCUUCCAAUGGUGGCUCAUCGAAUCAAGGCUCCUCCUCCAAUAGUGGCUCCUCUUCUGGUUCAAACUCGUCUGGAAAUGGAUCCUCAUCUUCGUCAUCAUCUUCAUCAUCAUCAAGCAAUAACAAUAAUCAAGGUUCAUCCUCAUCGUCCUCCAGUUCGUCCUCCUCUAGCAGCAGCUCGUCUUCAUCCAAACCAAAUCCUUCUGAAACCUGCAAGGUUAAUGGACAAUUUAUUGGCGAUCGUACGGACUGUGCCAAGUUCUAUCGCUGCGUCGAUAAUGACAGGGGUGGCUUUAGUAUGGUACCCUUCAGCUGCGGUCCUGGCACUGUUUGGGAUGCCCAACUGCAGGCCUGCAACCAUGCGUGGGCAGUAAAGGAAUGCGGUGGUAUUGCUCCACCUACAACUUCCACUCCGACGACCUCCAGGCCCACAACCGCAAGCACUUCCAGACCUUCUGACGCAUCAUCUACAUCGAGACCUUCAGGUCCGGCCACUACCUCACGUCCAGUGACUGCCAGACCAACCACAACCACAACCAAUUCUCCAUCUACAGCUUCACCCACUCAAACAACAUCUCCUGUUACCCAGUUACUCAAUACGGAUGGCAAAUGUAGGUCGGAGGGCUUUAUGGCUGACCCCAGUAACUGCUCCAAAUUCUACCGCUGCGUAAUGAACAACAAAGGCGGCUUUACCCCAAUUCCAUUCCAAUGUGGAGCUGGUACCGUUUGGGAUCAGGAUCUGCAGACCUGCAACCACAAUUUCAACAACUGCAAUACUGGCACUGAAAGUACCACUUCAAAACCACCUUGUGAGCCAGCAACAAAUGGAACAUCGACCACGUCCUCGACCUCCACACCUCCACCCACUUCAACAACUCCUACUACAACAACCGAAUUACCUCCUACUACAACUACUUGGUUGCCUCCUACUACAACAACUGGGUUACCUCCAACUACAACAACUGGGUUACCUCCAACUACAACAACUGGGUUACCUCCAACUACAACUACUGGACUACCCCCCACUACGACCACAGGAGCUCCAACCCCUACAACAACAAUCAUUCCAGAAAGUGAAACGUCAACUGUAACUUCAAGCCCGGAAAUCACCACGCAACCUCCGUCUACGACUACUAUGAAACCCCUGCCAGCGGGCACGGAAUGCACAGGUGAGGGUUACAUGGCCGAUCCCGAAGAUUGCAGGAAAUACUACCGAUGCAUCAGUGCUGGAACCUCCUACAGAAAGUACAAUUUCACGUGUCCCAAGGGUACGGGGUGGAACGAAGAAGUUCAGACCUGUGACUACAUGGAGAAUAUACCGAGGUGCUCGAAGUUACCCGCUGAACCAAUAACUACAACACCCAGUGAAGAGGCCAAGGAUCCCGGAAGCACCACUCCACAGUCAACGGAUGAGCCCACCACAGUGACAAAACCCAUAACAAAACCCACUGAAGAACCUUCAACAGAAAAACCGCAAAAACCGACGACUGAAUAUCCGGAAAAGCCAACUACCACUCCAGAGAAGCCGCAGAAACCCACUACAACCGAGUAUCCUCAAAAGCCGACCACUCAAGAACCCACCACCACCAGUAUUCCCGGCUACAAUCCAACAACAACGUCUGUUCCGGGCUAUAACCCAACAACCACACCUGUUCCGGUAGAAACUACAACCGCCACUCCGGGCUAUAAGCCAACUACCACCAGCGAACCUAUUACCACGACCACAUUACCUCCUACAACCACCGACGCCAUUCAAGAGCCUACAACCUCAGCGAAACCUGAACCCACUACAACCACCGAGAGUCCAGAAUCCACCUCAUCUGAAGGUUCAGUAACCACACUUCAGCCGGAACCACAGCCUAACUAUAACUGCUCAUCGGAGGGAUUCUUCCCAGAUCCCGAGGACUGCAGUCGCUAUUACCGUUGUGUAGAUGCGUCCAAAAACGGCAAGUAUCAGGUUUAUGCCUUCAAGUGCGGUAAGGGAACUGUUUGGGACACGUCCACCGAAACUUGCAAUUACGCCGAUCAGGUGUCUGGCAAUUGCUCAUCUGGACAAACGACCACGCCGGGAACUACUACGGAGCCUGAUACGACGGAGAGUACAACCAGCUCUGGGAAACCAGAAACCACUUCGAGAGCCCCUGAAACAACCACAACGGGAGCUCCUGAAACAACCACUACAUCAUCUCCUGAGACCACCACCACAUCAUCUCCUGAAACCACCACCACAUUAGGCCCCGAAACCACUACUUCUGGCGCAACCACCACGACAGCAACACCUGAAACCACUACUACUGCACCCAAGCCAGAAACCACUACUACUGCACCCAAGCCAGAAACCACGACCAUAUCUGGGGAAGAAACCUCAACGACGCAGUCCCCUACCACCACAGAGAGUCCUACUCCCGGUACCAACACCUCCGCUCCUUGCCCCGAAACCGGUCCAGGACAGAAUGUGUACGUCUGCCCCACUGGAUUCCGUCGACAUCCGGAGAAGUGCGGCAUGUUCUACCAGUGCAGUGAAAGUGCCGAUAGCAACGACCUUAACAUCGUGGUGUUCCAGUGCCCCAAUGGAACCGUCUACCAAGACAAGUCCUGCAGCUGUGGCAAGCCCCCGGCAGGUGACAAGUGCUCCAAGGAUAUGAAGAGGACCACCACCUUGUUUGAAGAGGAAUCGAGACUUCAGAAUGUGGUACAAAUCAGCACGACGGAUCCUCUCUGCCCGGAUGAGGGUCACUUUGCGCUCAACAACGACCAGUGCGGCCAGCUGUUCGUCAAGUGCGGAUUCUCGGAGCUGACGGGUCGCAUCGAGGGCCAGAUCAACCGCUGUCCGCAAGGAUUCGCCUACUGGAACGUGAGCCGGCGAUGCGAGCCCGCCCGUAAGCUGCCCAACUGCACCCCCACCACCUACAAUGUGGGCGGAAACGUGCCGCUGGAGUGGCUGAACAUUGGCCAUAGACGCCGAAGCAUGCGCAUUUAAUUAGAUUUAGUCUAGAUUCACUUAGUCGCCCGCCAUUGAUUGUUUGCUGCGCCAGUUGUUUCAGUUUGAU